UCAAUAUGAAGGUUCUAGUGUUUGUGAUUUUAUUGGAACUGUGUAAUGGACUCUAUUUAAAUGAUACAGAAUACUCCCGGAUGCCGCCAGUCUUUCAAAUGGACCUCUACGAAGACUGUACAUUAAAACCAAACGGAACUUACUGCUUGGUCCAAUUUGUCUUAGUAUCAGACACACAAAGUGAUCUUCUGGAUAUGAUAAACGAAUAUUCCAGUAACCAAAACACACGUUACAAUCAUAGCCUAUUACGUCAUGGUAUAUGCGUUCCAGAACAAUGUGGUAAUGCAAACAAAAAGGACCAAGUGUUGUCCCUAGAAGCAUGCCUAAAUGAUACAUACUGGCAAAAGUAUAAGUUAAAGACCAGAGUACUUCAACCGUUGCAAUGCAAUACAGAUGUAAAGGACCCUAUUGUUUUUACAGCUGAAAAUAUUGUUGUUUUAGUAAUUAUUGUUGUAAUUAUUAUCAUGAAUAUAGUUGGGACUCUGUAUCAUUCUUGUCUGAUAAAUAGCAAAGGUAACCGAUUUCUCAUGUGUUUUUCUAUUAAACAAAAUUUAUCCAAGUUACGAACUUCAAACACAAACUUAGAUAACGAGAAACAACAGUUAAAAUGUUUUCAUGGACUAAGAAUGCUGACGAUAUUGUGUGUAAUUUAUUUGCAUGCGAUGAUGAUAACUCGCAUUUUUCCGGAAAAUCCACGUUUUACAGAAAAAAUGUAUGAUAACGUGAUAAAUUAUGUAAUUUUUAACGGAACAGUGCUCGUUCAAACAUUCUUUAUUAUGGCUGGAUUCCUGUUGUCAUAUAAAUUAGAAAAAUUGUCAGAAAAACAAAAACUUACAUGGCAUUGGAUACCGAAAGGCAUAUUAUUUACACUACUAAGGUUAACUCCAUCGUAUGCUUUAAUUCUUGUAUUUACAAUAACCUGGCUUGGUUAUCUCGGUUCAGGACCAUACUGGCAGGUUGCCGUUAUGAGUGAGGUGGAGUGGUGUCGUGAAAGCUGGCUGUAUAAUUUGUUCUAUUUAAAUAAUUAUGUGAAUCCCAAUAGAUGUAUGUAUCAUUCAUGGUACGUGGCCGCAAAUGUCCAAUUAAUGAUACUGGGGUACUUUGUCUGUGUAUUGGCGAGAGGAACAUCAGCAAAGAAAUGGACUAUAGGCAUUCUAAUUGUUAUUGGCACAAUUAUACCAGCUGCUCACACAUUCUACCAAGACUUGGACGCUGUAUUGUUUGUAUCUCCUGAAUUGGCCUCAACAUAUUUCAUGAACCCGACCUAUGUUUAUGUUUACACUCGCGCUCACAAUAAUAUACCAGAUUUUGUGAUGGGUAUCGCAUUGGGAUACUAUACGCACUACUUGGAAAAGGAAAAAGUUGAUUUAGCCAAAUUUCAGAAAUAUAAAUUUUUAUUUACAUUACCGCUACCAAUGAUAAUCGCGCUAUUAUUAAUCGGAUUUGCAUUUAUAAACGGAGCAUCUGUAUACGCCCGAGCUUUAUAUGCUGGCCUAAUUAAACCACUAUACGGUGUAUUUUUAUGUAUGAUGAUAUUUGGAUCGAUUUUCAAACUGGAAAAUACUUGGAGACCGAUACUGGAAUGGAAUAUGUGGCAAGUACCGUCAAAACUCACAUAUGUCGUAUAUCUUAUACACUUGACCGUAACACGUUUUAUACUAGGACACAACGCAAUGGUGUACACCAACUCUUUAUUAAAUAAGGCCCUGGUUGCAUUUGGAGUUGCUAUCGCAGUAUUCCUACUGUCUAUCCCUCUUUGGGUGUGCUUCGAGGGGCCAAUUAUCGAGUUAUGUAAACUGCCAUUCGCGAAAAAAAAGGAAAAAAUUGAAGUAAUUGAUGAUAACUAUACUGUCAAAAUUGAGGAAGCGACCAAAAAUACGUCAAAUUAAUGUUAUUCAACAUAUUAUUUAAAUAAUACUUUUUUACUUUAAUAGAGAUAAUU